AUCAAAAGAAAGUAUUGAGAACCAUUUAUUGUUGGCAUCUCCAUGACAUUUCGAUGGAAGUUAUCUUGUCGUAGGCAUAACUUGGAAGCAGUGUUGUGUGAGCCUAGAGGGGAGGCGAGACGCAAGACGGAAUCAUUGAUAUCUGGGCAACAUGGAAGCUCGCAUGUGCGGGGCAUGGAGGGGGCGGGCCCCUGAAGCCCUGGCGGGUUUAGCUAUGAGAAUUGGUUGGUUGGAUGCAUGUGCAUGUGCAUGUGCACACGCCGUCGUCCGUGGCGCGUCGCGUCGAACACAUGUCCCUCUGGCUGGGUAGAGACAGAUAUAGGUAGAGCAUACCUACGUCUUGGGUGGCCACGAUGUAUGGUGACCUAGGAAAUAAACUGGUCCAGCAUGCCAAACGGACACAAAACCUGGCGCACCUCCCGCCAUACCAGACGGAAAUGGUCAGGGCGGCUACGCGGGAGGUGCGCGAUCUCAACAAGGACGUCGCCAGCCUCCUCGAGCCCUUCAACGGCUCCUUCGACCCCAGCGCGGACCAGGCCACGGCCUGCGCCCUCUUGGUCGACCACCUCUCCAUGCGCCGCAACAAGCGCUGCCUCCUGGCCUACCACCGCACGCGCACCGACAAGCUCGAGGACCUCGUCUGGAGCGGCGCUGAUGUCCUAGACCUCUCCGGCCAGCAGCUGAGAGAAGGCGCGGCGGCCGACGGCGGCGGCGGCGGCGGGCGCGCCGCCAACACCGAGGGUCCCACGAGCAGCCUCAGCCCCCAGGAGGAGGACUACGUACGCCAGUACAGCGAUCUGCUAGCCGCGUACAAGGGCCAGUGGACCGACAUCGACCUGACAGGCAGCCUCGAGCCUCCCAGGGACCUCUUUAUCGACGUCAGAGUCCUGAAGGACGCAGGCGAGAUCCAGACUGAAUACGGCGCCAUCACGCUCAGCAAAAACAGCCAAUUCUACGUGCGUCAGGGAGACGUGGAGCGGCUGAUUGCCCAGGGUUAUCUGCAGAAGCUGGGCUGAGUACUUCUGGCCCAUUGGCAAGUAGUCUCAUUUACCAUGCCGUGUCUAUCUCGGCUUCCCAUACGCCCCUGGACGUGUGCCAGGCCCGUCGAGAAAGAGAGUCGUGUAGACGUGGGCGAGGGGCUAGCUACUAGCGGUGAUAACGAAAACCUAGAUUCUGCAUCUACAUAUGCUAAGGGCCAUCAGCAAUGGCAGUUCCCUUUUGCUAGGGGAAAGGGGUGACUAUGUAGGUCACAAGCGGUUCCGCUCGUCCCCAAGGCUUGGGAGAAGUGAGUGAAGCAUGCACGGCACGUAUCUCAACACCUACAUACAGGCAAAACCUUCUGCGGGUAGCCUAGGAGUUUCUCAUGCACUCUUAUCAAUCCCAAUUCCCAAGGUCCAUGUGGUGCCGCCCCUCCGUGCGAGGCAUAUCUCUCUCGUUUUCUUUUCUCUCUUUUUCUUUCUACUUCGUACAAGCCAAUUGCGGGCCAUCACCUACGAGGGACUUGGCAUCACUUUCAAAUACACGUAAUGCGAAUUAUACCCUGAUACAGCGGCCGUCUCGACAUCAGAUGCCGCGGGUCUGUAGAGUUGUGUCGGCCACAUGCCGUCUUUUCCGUGGUCCGAAAUCGGUAGGUACACCCACACCCAUCGAGCCGAGCAGUUGCGCUUCGCCGGGUAUGUACCAAGAUGAAUGGCAUGUUUCCAGGAGACAGGUAGUAGCUGCACCAGGGAGGGGCAGCAGAGGCAGAGAGGGGAAGGGAAACAAGAAAGGCGCACAGCUGGAUGGCUGGCUGCUGUACAUGUACUUAGCCCACCCAACCAGUCGUAGCCGUAGCUUCUUGGCAGCGUGGGAGUC